GGCUGACUCCAUUGAUCAUCACUUCAACCUUUUAUCUUUCGUUGAUCUUGCUUUUCUUCCUUUUUCCACUUUUCCCGGGUAAACCCAUGCGAGAUAUAUCAUCUAUCAUUCCUGGUUCCCAUCGAAUCAUAUUCGCCGCAGUUGUCCUUCUGGCGAUGGCUCCAGUGUCUUGGGCUCAAAUAGACCCAUUGACAGGGUUACCGCCAUAUGCUUCCCCUAAGGGAAAGACAACUGACAUAGAUUCAUACCCUGUGGCGCCAACAUCGUUAGAUUGGUCCACCUUGAUAGUUAGAAUCGUCACCCAAUACUUUCUAUGGUGGCUUCCCGACUUGUUCCUCAUGGUCUUAUGGCAAAGGCAGCCUGUGAAACUGUGGCUCAUACACAGUAUGCGAAAGGUUUUUUUCAACUGGAGGCCAGGCGCCGUAUUUGUACAAUCAUGGCAACCAACCGAGGCCACUGAAGCAUACAGAGUCAUACUUGGUGGUGAAAAGCUUCCCGGAUUGUUUCCCAUGCUGUUCACUCUCGCUACUGAUGGCUGGACACUUGCGAGUGGAGGACUGUCCGUUUAUACGCAAUGGGUAACUAGCAAUCACGAUGUUAGUGGUUGGAACGGCAUAUUUCGCUUCUAUAACCCUAUUGUACCGUCUAUUGUAUCAUUCAUCAGCAUAAUUGCAGCAUUAUGCAAAGCAAGCAACAAAGUGCGAAUUUAUUUGAUCGUCGCAGCUCUAAUCAUUUGGCCAGCUAUCUUUUUUCCUGUAUACAUUUUACAUGAUUCUAGCCACAUGUAUAUCAUGGAAAUCAUGGUGUUCAUCAUACAGCUUAACCCAUUCUUAAUUAUAGGAUUGGAGUUGGUAUCAAUGGUUCUCAUUGGAUUGGACCGUGUCUUCGCCCUUCCUGUUAUCGCUACUUCAGAUAUCAAACGGACCGGAUUUCCGUUCCCAUCAUUGAACAAUUGGGCUUUUGGAGGUCCUUUUCUGGCUCUUGGGAUUGUAACGCUUCUUUUCGCGGAGGCAGGCAUGAUGACUUCCGCAUUGGAGAUUAUGAAUUAUGUCAAAAUCUUACAGCAAAAAGUUGUAGCUCGAUUUAAAUCCAAAAAGGAGGAUGCACGACCUAACGUCUUACCCAUGCACCAAGUGUCGGACGAACCUAUUGAAUCGAUUGACAAAUCUCCAUUGGGAAAGAAAGAUAGUAAUUCAACCACCAGACCAUCCACUUCUGAGCCACCAUCUACUCAUCAGCGUAAUGGGUUACAGUCUAGCGUAGCACAAACUGUCAACCAGCCAUCAACGGCGCACCAGGAAGACUUGCAGAUAACGAGUGUACCAUCACCAACGCUUACAAAUUCCAAUAUUGAGCUCCAGAGCAGGUCCCCACCGCCUGCUUAUUCGAGUACCACUUCGACCCCGCGGGUAGAUGUGCGGCCACCGGUCCAGACUAUACCGACAGCUCAUCCAACGGAUAGCAUAGCUCCAAAUACGCAACUUGAUAUUGGCCAGAUUUACCAUUUGAUAACAGGAAGAAACACGGACGGCGCGCAAGUCGAUGCUUCUACGCGCCGCAAUACAUGAUCCUGCGAAGAAGGACGGCGAUCACCAAAGUAGUAUAGCUCCUAUUGUUGGCUUAAAACUAAUGUUUAUAAUUAUACUUCAAUAUCUGGCCAUAAUGUGCUAUAGUAGCUAUUCUCAUCUUGUAUAAAAUUAUAAAAAUAAUAAUUGCAACGGUAUAUGGACAAAUUAAUAAACCCAACACUAAACAAGUACGGCGGGUGGCACAACAAUUUGCACCUCAGAUUUUACCACGGUGGGAGGACUGCAUCCCAGCAGAGGUGGUACUGUCGCUCAAAAAGAAGUGUCUCGGAUGACAAAGUCGGAUUUGCGGAAAGCCC